UCUAAACCUGAAGAUCUCUCUAUAUAAACACCAACCUUUAUACCAUUCUGUCAUAUUCUCAGAGAGAGAAAGAGGAACAAACAACAAUAAAAACAAAGAUAUCUACCUUUACAGUAUAAGUCUAAGCCAAAACAAAAUGAACCCCAUUUCGAUAUUUUGCUUUGUGACCCUUCUCUCCAUUGGUUUGAACCAAUUCCCUCAAGUACAAGGUGAUUUGAUCUCCGACGCAUGUAGCAAAGCUUUGUACAAAGAUCUUUGUGAGAAGACACUCCGAGCCGACCCCAGCAGCAAGACAGCCACCCUCGAUGGCCUAGCCAAAAUCGCCCUCAAGGCAGCGGCUUCAAGCGCCAAAAACAUCCAAGGCCAGAUCACCGGUCUACUAAAAACGGCGACGGAUAAGGGUGUCAUAGCUGCCUUGAACGAUUGCACUGAUAAUUAUGAUAGUGCGAAUGAGCAACUCAGCGACUCACUCAGUGCCAUCGAUGCCAAACGCUACGCUGAUGUUAAGACUUGGGUCUCGGCUUCCAUGACCGAUGGUGACUCGUGCGAGGAUGGGUUCAAGUCAGGCACCUCUCCGUUGACACAAGCCAAUACCAACUUCGGUCAAUUUUGCAGUAAUGUCUUGGCCUUAACCAACCAACUUGGUUAAACUAGUGUUUAUUUGAUUUUUUAGUCAUUUGUUUUAGCUUUUUUGUUUUGAAAAAAAGGAUUAUUAAAAGAAGAAUAAACAGUGCAGAGAAAAU